GAACCGGUUCGCUCGUGAUAUCCUACUAGUGGGAUUAUACACUAGUAAUCGUGUGCCUGCCAGUGGGAGGUUUAUAACACUGGCCAUGACUAAUAGAGGAGACCACUAUGUGAUUUUACUUUGCAUUAAUGGUUUGUUAUUGAAACGCUCUGUUUAUGUUUCAACCGAUUAUUUGGCAUGCUUUAAAUUUUGAUUCCGGGGACCCAUGUUUACUUACUGAGAUAUUUUAUCUCACGGUUUCCUUGUCCACCAUUUCAGAUGGCUCCGAAACGGUGUGGACGCCCGAGGGGUAGCCGUAAGGAUCAGGGCACUCCUCCGAUCCCAGAUGCUAGUCCCCCUGCCCAAGCUGCUCCGCAGGAGGGAGGGACGAGCAAUCCUCAAGUGGCCAGCUUUGUUCAGGAAAUUAUGGCAGAGAUAAGACGCCAAGUAUCUCCUGCCACAAGUGUACCACCUCCAUCCCCGGUGGUCUCCACUCUUAUGGCCCAUGGUCUAAUUUCCCAUGUUCCUAUUUCUUUUGCUCUUGCGGUGCCUAGCUGGAAGGUCUAUAAAAAGUUCCAGAAGAUGAUGACUAAGGGAUUUGAUGGUACCGCGGGUUUUGAGCAGGUGGGAUCGUGGAUUACCGAGGAGAGUUCUCUGAAGCUGCACCAAGGAGAGCUUGAAUUGAGCACCUGGGAUGGUUUUAAGAAGGUGUUCAUGCAGGAGUACAUACUGGACAGCAAAAGUCGAGAACUGCAAAGGGAAUUUGCAGAUUUAAAGCAAGGGUCAAGUACUGUUGAGCAAUACAAGGAGGAGUUUGACCGCUAUCUGCCUUUUGUGGGUAGCCAAGUUGGCGAUGAGCAAGCCAAGGCCGACAAAUUUCUGUGGGGCUUAAAUUCUGACAUUUAUUUGGCGGUAAACCAAUUUAAACCCGCCACUUAUCGAGAGGCUGCGGACAGAGCUAUAGAUCAGGAGAAGGCUAUGGCUAGAGUCAAGUCCUCAGGGCAGCCUAGUGGUGGGUCAUCCCUUGGGAAGAGGAAAUUUGAUGGGAGCCAUCGAUCCCUUUUCCUUGCACCGCCUAAGUCUGAAAUCAGCAAGGGUUCUGAAUGGUCAGGAGCCACCAAGACAGUGAGUCAAGCAUCAACAGCCCAACAUGCUCGUCCUACUCAACUUAUUUGCCGUGUUUGGACAUCGGAUUGCAAAUUGUCCACUACUAGACCCCAAGACUCAGGGCACUCAACCUACCUCUCCAUAGGGUUCUACCAGUCAGGGGGCGCAGAAAUAGAGUACCGGAGUUCGGACAAGAGCCCAGCAGGCGAGAGUGCAAGAGGGGUGAUGACUACUAGGGAGGUGUGUAGAACUGUGGAUAUUUAUGUUGUUGGUAGACAGUUGAGUGCUAGUUUGUUUGUUUUAGAUAUCUCCAAUUUUGAUAUCAUUUUGGGGAUGGAUUGGUUGUCAAAACACUUUGCCUCUAUAGACUGUCACUGGAAAUGGGCUCAGAAAUAUCUUGUAAAUGGUUGCCAGGGUUUCCUAGUCUCCGUUACUGAUGCUAGUAGUGUGACAUCGAGACUAGAGGACAUACCGGUGGUGCGUGAGUUUCCGGAGGAUCUCCCAGGUUUAGCUCCGGAUAGAGAGAUUGAAUUUGCUAUUGACUUUGUUCCUGGCACCGGACCCGUUUCCAAAGCACCAUACCGUAUGGCUCUUGCAGAAUUGAAGGAGUUAAAGGUCCAGCUGGAGGAACUCCUUGAGAAAGGGUUUAUACGCCCUAGUGUGUCACCUUGGGGAGCUCUAGUGUUGUUCGUCAAGAAGAAGGAUGGUAGCAUGAGGCUAUGCAUUGAUUACCGAGAAUUGAAUAAGGUGUUUUCUAAGAUUGAUCUUCGAUCUGGCUACCACCAGUUGAAGAUUAAACCGGAUGAUGUGCCAAAGACUGCCUUUCGCACCCGUUAUGGUCAUUAUGAAUUCAUAGUCAUGCCAUUUGGCUUGACAAAUGCCCCUGCUAGAUUUAUGGAUUUGAUGAAUCGGGUGUUUAGCAAGUACCUAGAUCAGUUCGUGGUUGUCUUCAUUGAUGACAUUUUGAUCUACUCUUCUAGCCGCAUUCUUCAUGAAAAGCACUUAAGGACAGUCCUCGAGACAUUGAGAAGUGAGAGGCUGUUUGCUAAAUUUAAGAAGUGUGAAUUUUGGCUAGACAAUGUUGCAUUCCUAGGUCACGUGGUGACUAAGGAUGGAAUCUCUGUUGACCCCCAGAAGAUUGAGGCCGUGGUUGAUUGGAAAAGGCCGAAUAGUGUUGCAGAAAUCCGUAGUUUUCUGGGAUUGGCUGGUUAUUACCGCCAAUUUGUGGGGGAUUUCUCUAGAAUUGCUCUGCCAAUGACUCAUCUUAUCAGGAAGGACACCAAGUUUGAGUGGACCCCAGAGUGUGAGAAGAGCUUUUUGACCUUGAAGGAGAAGUUGGUCACUGCUCUUGUACUUGCAUUUCCAAUUAAUGGGAAAAUAUUCACUAUAUAUAGUGAUGCCUCUAAAAAGGGUUUGGGAUGUGUCUUGAUGCAAAAAGAUAGGGUUAUUGCAUAUGCUUCUUGGCAGUUAAAGCCUUAUGAAGAAAAUUACCCUACCCAUGAUCUGGAGUUGGCAGUUGUAGUAUUUGCACUCAAGAUCUGGAGGCAUUAUCUGUAUGGUGAGACUUGUGAAAUCUUCACUGAUCACAAGAGCCUUAAGUAUAUUUUCACUCAAAAGGAGCUUAAUAUGAGGAAGUCCUUUGGCAUUGCCUCUAGCAUCCUUGCCACUCAAAAGGAGUUACUUGAGGAUCUUGUGAAAUUGGAUGUGGAGUUGAGAGUGGACAACACUACGGCUUAUCUAGCUACUCUCAGUGCACAACCAGCAUUAUUAGAUAGAAUUAAACUUGGCCAACAAAAAGAUUCCUCCUUGCAAAAGAUGAAGGAAAAAGUAAGAGCCAGGGAACCCCAUAUGCAAGGAUUCAGAAUUUCUGAUGAUAGACUCUGUGGUUUGGUGACGGCUGUGUGUACCGAGAGAUCAUGCUUUGAGGCUACAUUUUGGUGGCGGAACAUGAAGAGGGAGAUAGCUAGAUUUGUCUCACAAUGCCUGACUUGCCAAAAGGUCAAGGCUGAACAUCAGAGACUUCCUGGAAAACUACAGCCGUUACCUAUUCCUCAGUGGAAGUGGGAAAACAUCACCAUGGACUUUGUGACUGGAUUACCACGAACCUUAAAGGGUAGUGAUUCCAUCUGGGAAGUAGUCAAGCUACAUGGAGUCCCUGUGUCUAUUGUGUCAGAUAGAGAUACUAGAUUUUUAUCUCAUUUCUGGACAAGUUUACAGCAGGCACUUGGUACUCAAUUAAAUUCCAGCACGGCCUUUCAUCCUCAAACUGAUGGGCAAUUUGAGAGAACUAUUCAGAUACUUGAGGACAUGUUGAGGGCUUGUGUUCUAGAUUGGAAGGGUUUGGCAUCAAGGGGAAAAUUGAGUCCGAGGUAUAUUGGACCAUAUCCCAUCUUGGAAAGGAUUGGCGAGGUAGCUUAUAAAUUGGAGUUGCCUGGAAAUCUAGCGGGUGUUCAUGAUGUGUUCCACGUGUCCUCACUUCGAAAGUAUGUCCCCGACCCGAGUCACAUCAUUAAUCCCAAACCAAUUCAACUCCGGGAGGAUCUCACUUAUGACGAGCACCCGAUCCGCAUUUUAGAUUUCAAGGAGAGGAUGAUGCGGAGAAGGACCAUUCUUUUUGUUAAGGUCCUCUGGGACAACCAUUCGAUUGAAGAAGCUACUUGGGAGUUGGAAUCCAAGAUGAGGCAGGAACAUCCGCACCUCUUCCAAGAUUGAGGUAUGAGUUUAGGGGACUAAACUCCUUUUUAGGAGGGGGGAUGUAAUAUCCCAAAAUUUCAAGAACAAAUAAGUGUGAGUUAG